AGCUGAUGAAAUGUUUUGUUUUUACACCAGCUGGAUCAGGGUAUGACAUAAGAAGCAAUAUCUACACAUCGAUACACGAAAUGAAACUAGUCGUUCAGCUUUGUUUUCUUUUUUCUUUUAAGGGUACUUGAUUCUAACGAUCCGGCGCUCUCGGGUAAAACUGGUGCUGAUCAGAUUGUGAACUGCGGACACACCCCGUCGGGAAUUGUGUUCUCAAAUGAUAAAACUAAGACUUACUGAUGAAACCGGAAAUGGAAAUUUGUGAGUACAGUGUGGAACCGGAACACCUGACGAAAGUUAAACGUUACGAUAACUUCAACUUCCCCUAUGCUUUUCCCGGCAACGUUAAAGACCAGUUGAAGAACAUUGCCAAUUUCAAAGCUCAGGAAAAUGACAUACUGUUGUCCACGUAUCCCAAAUCAGGAACUCACUGGAUCAGAGAAAUUGUCUCUAUGCUGCUUCGCGGAAAAGCCGAGUACACGAAUGAACCUCUAAACUCCCUGGACUUCUACGAUAGUAGUGCCAUAGAAAAGCUGCCAUCCCCCAGAGUGUUACAGUCGCACCUACCCUACCGAUACCUUCCGAAUGCAAUAAAGAAACAAGGACGAAUAAUCCACGUGUCAAGGAAUCCGAAGGACACAGCUGUAUCGUUAUAUCACAUGAUAAAGAAGUUGACGUUUAUGUACAGUAGUUUCUCGGGGUCCUUCCAUGCCUUGCUACAAUGUAUCUUCUACAGCGACAAAUUCCCUUAUGGAAACUGGUUCGAUUUCGUCAAGGAAUGGGAAAGAAUUAUGCGGCAAGAAAACAGGGGCUGUAAGAUUUUACACUUGGAAUUUGAAGAUAUGAAGAAGGAUUUAAAGUCUAGUGUAAGAGAGAUUGCCAGCUUCUUGGACUUGAACUGUGAAGAUGAGUUUUUGAACGUUGUAGCUGAGAAAUGCACCUUUAAAAACAUGAAGAAUGGUAAAGAAUCCAACCCCCAACCAUAUUGGAAAGACUGUACCCAUGAUGGGAAAAUGCCGAUUUUCCGGAAAGGUGACGUGGGUGAUUGGAAAAGCUGGUUUUCUGACAAGGACAACGAAAAAUUUGAUAAGGAAUAUGCCAGACAGAUGCGAGACUCUCGGUUAACGUUCCAGUAUUCUCUAGAGACAUAGUGAUACAUGUAUCCCCGCCCACACAUGUCAUCAUUAAUUUACUGUUGUCGUAUCCAUUAUGGUCAAGGACAAGCUCAGUUCAUUAUUGUAUUGUGUUGAUGAUAAUUUAUUUCAUAUAUAUAGCUUUUAAUUAACUCCAUGACUACAAUUGUAAUUUAUUUAAUUGGACUAGGUACACCUAAUAUAAUAUGUUUCGAGGUCAAAGUGAAUUCUGGAUGCUUACGUCAAAGUAGUAAAACCUGUAAGAUGGGGUCUGAAUAUGGAAACCCUAAUUACGAUGACGUGCAUAGAGCAACAUAACUAGAUUGAUCGAACAUCUGGUAAGUAAUGGAUAAGGACAACACCAGCGACUUCCCGUGAUCUUUAGCGCAAUUUAAAUCUGAUUUCUUUUGAUAAGAAUGCAAAUAUAUUUAUUACGCUCAUUUUCAUUCAUAACCGUGACACUGUUAAAUAUGAUUCUGAAACGAAGAGUAUUUGAAAACUGAUUGUGAAAUUUUCUCGACUCUUUUCUUUUCUUUUUCCGGUGAUUAAACACCAAAUUAAUCCUUACGUAUUGUUUUUGUGCUAUAUUAGACAAUUUUAUUUUAGAUCUUUAUGCAAAGAAUGUGAUUUGAUAUUUUUGAAAACGAAUACGGUAAAUCUGAAUUUUAAUGACGAGCAGCCGGUCGGUUUGGAUGAGUCUCCUCGGCACUAUAUACUCUAUCUUAUCCAUGUAUUUGACUUGUUCAUAUAUAUGUAUAUAUUGAUGAUAGCGCCUACCAACUGUUAUAAUACUAUCAAUGUUUAUAAGACAAUCAAACUUUUAUCAUAUCUGUUUAUGAUGUAUAAUGUUUGUUGAUUCUGUUUAUAGCUUUUAUGUAAAUGUUAUAUUGUUACAGAGCUGUUUUCCUGCCUCAUAAUGUUAGAUUGUGUAAAUAAUAUGGAGUGCAAUAUUAGUAUCAUGCGAUGUGUAGGUUAUGUAAAUGAUUUUUAGUGAACUUCAAGUCCAUGGCAUGAAUGUAUUCUUGGAUUCGUCCGUAAAACUUUAAACUGACUGAAUGCAAUGUAUGUAACUAACGUAUGACAGAGCACUGGAUGUUCUAGUCUGUUCCGUCUUGAUUAAUGUAUUGAUUAAUAUUUAUGUCAAGUAAAAAUAAACUACAAUUUUUUUUAUUUCGGUGACGGAUAAACUUAGAAUCGAAAAUAUUUUUAUUGUCUUCCUUUGUUGUGUACAUACAUGUAUAUCACCAUUCUGUAAAAUUCCGUAAAACAAUUAAAAGAAACAUGUGGUUUCACUUUUUGUACAACAAAGCAUGAAUGACUUCUGUUCCACACAUACACUGUACAUAUUAUUUAAUGAUUAUGGUUUGGUUCAUUCUUGUAUUUGACAGUUUUUAAGUUUUAACGUCGUUUAAAUGCAUUCGUUAAGGUCAGCGUCCUACAAGUCAUUGCGAGUUCUAGAUUUCUUGCUGUAAUUGCAAGUUUUAGAUUUCUUGCUGUAGCAAUUAUUUUUUUUCAAAUUCCAUUGUUCUCUUUGAUCCUGAAAACAAUGUGGAAUUAAAGCGAGGUUCCAGAAAUAGCAAACCUUCCAGUGCAAAGCCAUUUAUAUUCUUUUUUAAUGUUUAGAACAUCGGGAAGGUAUGUUCGAGACGCUAUUAAUAGCCAAUUAAUAACAUUGAAUAAUGCUGAUUAUGCAACUGUUGCAUCUGUGUACGAUUUAUAUCAUGUUUUAAAAUUCUAAUUGACAUGUUUUAUGAACUGACCUGAUGUAGGUCAGCAUUAAGCUUAAAGGUCUUUCCUUUGAGGAUCUGUUGUUAAGAUGGCGCUGACGCUAGGUUGUUACACUACGUUUACAAUUACACGCGGGCCACCUCCGGAAAAUUUCAAAGAAAAGCCACACUGUUGUGACACUUCUAUAGAUAAUAUAUGGGUGUUUGAUAACUCUUGUUCGUUAAAUAUUUCAAAUAAUAGUAUCAAUCGUUAAAUUUAUGUUGUAAUAUACAAAGUUUGAAUUUAUCAGUUCGAAACAAAUGAAGAAAGUCAUUGUUAGCUAUCUGUCAGCUGUGUGCUGAUUUCCUAAAGAAGGAAAUCGUACUAAACUUUGAUACUUUGAUUUGCUUGGGUAAAAACUUUGAGUAUUAAUUUGCUUCGGUAUAAACUUUGAUAUUUUAACUUGCUUGGGUAAAUACUUUGAUUUGCUGGGGGUAAGAUCUUUAAUACGUUGAUUUAUUUGAGUGCAAAAUUUUAUUCUUUGAUUUGCUGAGGUAAAUACGUUAAUUUGCUUGGGUAAAAACUUUCAAAUUGAUACUUUAAUUUGCUUGGCUAAAAACUUUGGUACUUUAAUUUGCUUGGGUAAAUACUUUGAUUUGCUUGGGUAAAUACUUUGAUUUGCUUGGGUAAAUGCCUCAGUUUGUUUUGGUAAAAUCUUUAAUACUUUAAAUUGUGUAUGAGUACAAAAUUUGAUACUUUGAUUUGCUUAGGUAAAUACUUUAGUUUGCUUGGGUAAAUACUUAUAUUUGAUGUAGUAAAUACUUUAAUUUGCUUGAGUACAUACUUAGAUACUUUAUUUUGUUUGGGUAAAAACCUUAAUUUGCUGGGAUAAAUAUUUUGAAUUACUAUAAUAGUAAAAACUUCGAUACUUUCAUUUGCCAUUGCUGCAAUUUUGAUAGCAUAAUCAACUAUAAUAAAACUGAUUCUUUUUAAUGAAAUGUCUCCUUCAUUUUGGUAAUAUUUUUGAUUAUGUUAUUUGAGUAUUAAUAAUAAAAUGAUAUUUGAUAAGCAUCAAAAGACCCUUAUAAUAACAUUUCGCAAAUUUUAUGGCCGUUUUUAACGACCUAGUUUGCAAUUACAACCUGUCAUUGGGUCAAAGGCUGUCUGACGUGUUUCAUACCAAUUGUCAGACCAUUCUUUAUACACUGAUUUUGACUACGGAUUACUCCGUUUACUUUACCUGACCAAGAUAUAGGACUCGCGGGGGAGCGACCGGUCGACAGGAGAUGCUCACUCCCAGGCACCUGAUCCCACCUCUGGUAUAUCCAGGGGUCCGUGUAUACCCAAUUCUUAAUAUCGUAUUCCUUAAAGGAAUUAUAUGAGUAUUCCUUAAGGGAAUUACAUGAGAUUGCCAUUUCAUGUUUACGAUGCUACCGUUGGGGUGAGUGCAGCCGGUGUAUAUUUCUAUAAAUAGAUUUAUCAAUAACAAGCACACCGAAUAAGAACAUUUUGAAGUUAUCCGUAUGUGUACGGACAACUGUCAAAACAUCGUAAUUAAAAUCUUAUAACACUUCAGAUAUUUGAUCCGCCUAUGAUUAACGCUUUUGAUUUUUAAAAAGCAGUGCAUUGUGACGUCAUCUUUAGCUUCGUUGUCAUCAACAACAGAAAUUACGAGGUGUCAGACAAUAUCUUUCUUAAACUGAGUAUGUUUAAUAUGACUGGUUGUGAACUGAAUAAAAUUUUGGAGUCUUA